GGGAGCACGUCCACAGAACCAACCAGCCUUAAACUCGACGGGCACUAGGACCUAAAAACGUGUCUGUGGUUCCAGUGGAAGUUAAGGACGAGGACAGUUUGGGAGAAUACCCACUAUUCCAGUUGUUCUAUAGAGAAGUACUGAAAGAAGUUGUGCGUCUUCCCGGGGCGGGAAUAUCUGCUUAGCAGCAUGGCAAUGGAAUGCAUCAAGAACUGCUGCAAAACCUUCCUAGGCAAGGACGCUGAGAUAGAACAGCAAGUGAUUACAAUGAAGAUGCCCCCUGCCAGAGCUAUCUCAGGUGGCCCCAUGAAGGGUGUAGGGGUAUCAGAGGACUAUCUCCUCUCUAAACUCCCCUUGGAUGGAAAAGAGAUCCCUUUUGUCCUCCCCACGUACAAACCUUCCUACAUCCAACCACGAGGAUCACGUUACCUCGGCUACCAGACACCAGGGCUACACAGUUCAGCCAGGAGCACCUAUGCAGAGAGGAAGGCGGAGCUGUCAGGGGCCAGUCACAUAGUCUAUAACCCCGACUCCUCCCCCAACAUGUCUCCCGGAACAACACGACACAGCAAUCUGAAAAAGAGUCCCCGGGGCUCAGAAUCAGGUGGGAAUGUGACGACUGGGAAUCUGAGCAAAUCCCUGUUUGACUUGUCCAACUCCAACCCUCCCAGCCACAUACAGCGUUACGACAGUGUGUCCAGUGUCCAGAGCAGCAGUGCAUCUUCCUCCCAGAGGGACUCCCUGGAGAACAGCCGUAGCCUUGAGUCCAUCACAUUGUCUGGAGAUGAGAGAGACUUGGGGAAGGUGUGUGUCCGGCUGAGUUACCAGGAGGCCCUGGAGCAGGUGUGGAUCACGUUGGUACAGUGUAAGGAUGUGUCCCUCGCUCAGAACAGCAGUGAGCUGCAGCAGAUUAGCUUUAAAGGCAUCAUCACUAUGAGCAAACCAGUACAGUUCAAGAGCUCCGUCAAGGAAGGUUCUCCGGACACAGUCUUCAUGGAGACCUUUGUGUUUACGUUGCGGCUGCAGCAGCUGCGUUGCAGUGCUCUGGUAUUCCGGCUGCAGACCCACCACCCCAGGAAGAGAACGGUGGCAGAGUGUGUCCUCUCCCUCAGACAGCUGGGCCCUGAGGAGACACAGCACUGGAUGGAGCUCAGCCCCCUUUCCAAGACCACUGUGUGUCACGCUGAGCUGCACCUGGCCACCUGUUUCCAGCCUGUUAACGGACGCAUCCAACUGCAGGUCCUCGCUGCCCAGAACCUCCCUGCUCCACUCAGGCAGGCGUUCUUUGUGAAGAUAGAGAUGCAGCUGUUGGGCAGGGUGGUGAUGAAGAAGAAGACUCACGUCCUGAAGUCCUCCGGAGGUCAGCUGACCUGGACUGAGUCUUUCUACUUCCCCUUGGCUCUGGACCAGAGCUUCCUGCUGUCAGUCAAACUGUACAUCUGCCGCUCUGUCAGACGAAAACACUUCCUCGGGCAGGUUCACCUUGGCUUCGACAGCCCGACGCAGGAAGCAGCAGAGCAGUGGAGGGACAGCAUGUCUCACCCCGAGAAGAUGGUGGCUGUAUGGCACAGACUCAACGGGUCCUGAAACGCCUGUAGAAACUCACACAGCCUGUAGAAACUCACACAGCCUUUAGAAACUCACACAGCCUGUAGAAACUCACACAGCCUGUAGAAACUCACACAGCCUGUAGAAACUCACACAGCCUAUAGAAACUCACACAGCCUGUAGAAACUCACACAGCCUGUAGAGACUCACACAGCCUGUAGAAACUCACACAGCCUGUGGAACUCACACAGCCUGUAGAAACUCACACAGCCUAUAGAAACUCACACAGCCUGUAGAAUCUCACACAGCCUGUAGAAACUCACACAGCUCACACAGCCUGUAGAAACUCACACAGCCUAUAGAAACUCACACAGCCUAUAGAAACUCACACAGCCUGUAGAAACUCACACAGCCUGUAGAAACUCACACAGCCUAUAGAAACUCACACAGCCUGUAGAAACUCACACAGCCUGUAGAAACGCACACAGCCUGUAGAAACUCACACAGCCUAUAGAAACUCACACAGCCUGUAGAAACUCACACAGCCUGUAGAAACUCACACAGCCUGUAGAAACUCACACAGCCUAUAGAAACUCACACAGCCUGUAGAAACACACAGAGCCUACAUUCAAAAUGGCACCCUAUUUCAGGGGUUCUCAAAGUGGAGUCCACGGAGGUACUGACACAGAGUCUGCGGAUCCAUCUCAAAAUAUAUAUAUUAAAACAAAUAUUUAAAAACAAAGAAGAAUAUCUUAUUAAUAUUACUAACAACAACAGGUGAAAACACACAUUUUCCCAUAUGGAUCUGUGGAAUAAGUUUAUGGUGUGUAAUACAAUGUAAUAUUAUUAACCUAAAAUGUAUGUUCUUAAAGGCCUAGUGCAGUCAAAAAUGUGAUUUUCCUAUGUGUUAUAUAUUAGAGGUUGGAAUAAUACUGUGAAAUUGUGAAAACUAUGAUAAUGCCCUUUAAGUGUAAGAGCUGUUUGAAAAGACCUGAAAUUUCAUCCUGUUUUGGCGGGAUGGACUUUUGGUCUGCCUGGAGACAUCACCAGGCGGUAAAUUAAUUCAUCAAAUCAAAUCCAACUUUAUUGGUCACAUGCGCCGAAAACGACAGGUGUAGAGACCUUACCCAACAGUGCAGUUCAAUAAAGAGUUCAGAAAUUAUUUAACAAGUAAACUAAAGUAAAAAUCAUUAAAAAGUAACACAAUAAAAUAACAAUAACGAGAUGAUAUUACAGGGGGUA